AUGCCUCACGCAGCAUCGCCGGAACUCGACGCCAGCUGGCCUGGCUACAAAUUCUAUGUGAAUGAUGGCCAGCUGGACCCUGCAGGAAUUGCGCCACUGAAGCCGUCGAGCCCAGACGAGCCCAUUGACGACCUGCGCAAGAGGUACGACGAGAACGGCUACCUUUUCCUCAAGGGGCUUCUACCACGCGACGACGUGCUCAAGUGCCGCGAGAAGUACUUUGCCAUGAUGGCUCCCAGCGGCGUUCUGAAGCCCGGCACCAAGCCCGUCGAGGGCAUCUUCGACGACACCAAGAACAAGGCCGACUAUCCCGGCAUUGGAGCAGGCGCAGCGGGCGGCAAUGGACGUCCUGGAGAAGACACUGCCGCCGCCUUCGUCGAUCUAGCCCUGAAGGCACACUACGAGGAGUGGUACUGCGAGGAUUUUGUCAAACACCCUAUUCUGUGGAACUUCGUUAGUAAGAUGUCUGGUUGGGAUGAGAACACUUUGGGCCUGCGCCGGACGCUGCUCAGAAACAACACUCCGGGAAACCACGCCAUCGGCGUCCACUACGACCAGAUCUUCCUCCGCUACGGUCAACCCAACUCGUUCACCGCGUGGGUGCCCAUCGGCGACAUCGAUAUCCGGGGAGGGGGUCUCAUCUACCUGGAGAACAGCGAUAACCUGGGCCAGGAGAUUGAGCAGGACUUCACCGAAAAGGCCAAGGCGGCAGGCUUCAGCGACGAAGAAACCAGAAAUGCCUUCAACCAAAACAUGAUGGGAACCGGUCUCCUGGCCGAUGGUCCCGCCCAGUUUGGUCGGGACUACAAGAGGAGAUGGCUGCUGACAGACUACGAGGCUGGCGAUGUGGUUCUGCACAAGCCCCACAUGAUCCACGCCUCGACCAUCAACCACGACCCGCACAACAGGAUCAGGCUCGGUACUGAUUUGCGGUUUGUGGAUGCAUCCGGUGCUUACGACAAGAGAUGGACGAACCACUACGAGUUCGGCGAUGGUGUAUAG